AUGGCUGCCAACAACAACGUUUUCCUUGACAAGCAGGAGUAUGGAAAGGACAAGGUUCGUCUCCUUAAGGUCCACAAGGACACCAAGGUCCACCGUGUCGACGACCUCACCAUCCGCUGCCUCCUCUCCGGCGCCGCCUUCGCCACCUCCUACACCGAGGCCUCCAACAAGCGUGUCGUCGCCACCGAUUCCAUCAAGAACACCUGCUACGUCCUCGCCAAAUCCUCAAAGGUCGUCGACACUUUGGAGUUGUUCGCUGGUGAGCUCGCCAACCACUUCUUGAACACGUACGAUUGGGUCGAGGGCGCUCACGUCACCAUCAUCCGCCACCGCUGGGCUCGCAUGAACAUCGACGGCAAGCCCCACAACCACUCCUUCUGGCGUGAUGGCGAGGAGACCCGUCAGACGGACCUCUUUGUCAAGCGUGGACCCAACGGCCUCCGCACCGUCGUCGCCUUGAAGUCUGCCAUCGCCGGCCUCCUCGUCCUCAAGACUACCGGCUCUUCCUUCGAAGAUUUCGUCCGUGAUGAAUACACCACCCUCGCCGAGACCAAGGACCGCAUCCUCUCGACCUGCGUCGACGCCACCUGGGAGUUCCACGUCCCCGCCGUCAAGACUGAGCACUUUGCCGCACACCUCGCCCAGAUCCCCUUCAACAACAUCUACGAUUCCGUUCGUGAUGUCACCUGCAAGACCUUUGCCGAGGACGAGUCUGCUUCCGUCCAGGCUACCCUUUACAAGAUGGCCACUCAGUCGAUCCAGAACUGGAAGUGGUUGGAUCGUGUCUCGUAUGCGCUCCCCAACAAGCACUUCUUUGCUGUCGACUUGAGCUACUUCCGUGGAACCAAGAACUUGCAGGAGCAUGCCGAUGUUUACCAGCCCGUUGCUGAUCCUUCCGGUCUUAUCUCUGCUACCGUUGCCCGUGCCCCCGGUUCCCACGCCCGCCUUUAA